CAAAAAAUUGAAAGGUUGGAGGAGUAUAGAUUACUUUUAAAACGUUUACAACCAGAAUUUAAAACCACGAUCAAUCCAAAAGAUUUGUUCCAACAAGGGGCUGAUGGCAGGUGCAGAGAAAAUGGUUGAAUGCCUUCUCAGAUCAGACAAGAACUGGCCCAAAACUUUGAAACUUGCAUUGGAGAAAGAAGAGAGCAAGUUCAGUGAACUGUGGAUGGUAGAGAAAGGUGCAAAAGAUGUCAAAAUGAAAGAUCUUGAGGAUGAUGAAAUGAAAACUUUGGAUGUACAGAUUUUCUACAGGGAAGACCCAGAAAACCAGAAUCUUAGUCAGAAUUCAUGCCCUUCUUCAGAAGUGCCUCAUACUUACAGCCCAUUGAAGCCAAGAAAUUACCAACUAGAGCUUGCUUUACCUGCUCAGAAAGGAAAAAACACAAUAAUAUGUGCUCCUACUGGUUGUGGAACAACUUUUGUUUCACUUCUUAUAUGUGAACAUCAGCUUAAAAAAUUUCCACAAGGACAAAAGGGGAAAGUUGGCUUUUUUGCUAUUCAGCUCCCAGUGUAUGCGCAGCAGAAAUCUGUGUUCUCAAAGCAUUUUGGAAGACUUGGGUACAAAGUUGGAGGCAUUUCUGGAGUAACAUAUGACAAUGUCUCAGUGGAACAGACUGUUGAGAAUAAUGGCAUCAUCAUUUUAACUCCACAGAUGCUUGUGAACAGCCUUAAAAAUGGGACUAUUCCAUCACUCUCCAUCUUUACUUUGAUGAUAUUUGAUGAAUGCCACAACACUAGUAAACAUCAUCCUUAUAAUAUGAUCAUGUUUAAUUAUCUAGAUCAGAAACUUGGAGGAUCUUCAGACUCAUUGCCCCAGGUCAUUGGGCUGACUGCCUCGGUUGGCACUGGGGAUGCCAGAAAUACAGCUGAAGCCACAGAAUAUAUCUGCAAAUUGUGUGCUUCUCUCGACACAUCAGUGGCAGCAAGAGGCAACUUGGAGGAACUGGAGGAGAUUGUUUAUAAGCCCCAGAAGUUGUUCAGGAAAGUGGAAUCACGGACCACUGACCGAUUUAAACGCAACAUAUCUCAGUUGAUGAUAGAGACAGAUCUGGUAAAGAGUAUCUUUGAAGAACUUGAAAACUUAUCUCAAAUUCAAAAUAGGAAUUUUGGAACACAGAGAUUUGAACAGUGGAUUAUCGUAGUUCAGAAAGCCUGCAUGGUGUUUCAGAUGCAAGAUGAAGAGAGCAGGAUUUGUAAAGCACUGUUUUUCUACACGUCACAUUUUUGGAGAUACAAUGAUGCCCUCAUUAUCAAUGAGCAUGCUCGAAUGAAAGAUGCUCUGGAUUACUUAAAAAACUUCUUCAGAAAUGUCCAAGCAGCAGGAUUUGAUGAGAUUGAGCAAGCUCUCACUCAGAGAUUUGAAGAGAAGCUGUAGGAACUAGAAUGUAUUUCCAUGGAUCCCAGCAAUGAGAACCCUAAACUCAAAGAUCUCUGCUUCAUCUUGCAAGAAGAGUACCACUUAAGCCCAGAGACCUGAAUCAUCCUCUUUGUGAAAACCAGAGCACUCGUGGAUGCUUUAAAGAUAUGGAUUGAAGAAAAUCCUAAGCUCAGCUUUCUAAAGCCCGGCAUAUUGACUGGACAUGGCAGAACAAAUCAGAAAACAGGAAUGACCCUCCCAGUACAGAGGUGUGUAUUGGAUGCAUUCAGAACUGACGGAGAUAAGAUUCUGAUUGCCGCCUCGGUUGCUGAUGAAGGCAUUGACAUUGCUCAGUGCAAUCUGGUCCUCCUAUAUGAGUAUGUGGGCAAUGUCACCAAAAUGAUCCAAACCAGAGGCAGAGGAAGAGCAAGAGGGAGCAAGUGCUUCCUUUUGACUAGUAAUGCCAAUGUAAUUGAAAAAGAAAAAAUAAACAUAUACAAAGAAAAAAUGAUGAAUGACUCCAUUUUAAGCCUGCAGACGUGAGAUGAAGCAGUAUUUAAAGAAAAGGUUUGCCAGAUACAGAUUCAUGAAAAAUUCAUCAGGGAUAAUCAAGGAAAAGCAAAACCUGUGCUUGAUAAGGAAAAUAAAAAACUGCUCUGCAGAAAGUGCAAAACCUUUGCAUGUUAUACAGCUGAUAUGAGUGAUGGAGACUAUGUUUUCCCGAGGGACUGGUAUGUAGGGUCUGCGUUUGUUCUGUGCACUGUGGUGUUUGUUCAGGAAUGCCAUUUCACUAUGGUUGGAGUCGCUUUCAGGGAGCAUUUUGUGAGUAAGUUACACCCCAAACCAAAGAGCUUUGGGAGUUUUGAGAAGAGAGCAAAGAUCUUCUGUGCCAGGGAGGACUGCAGCUAUGACUGGGGAAUCUAUGUGAAGUAUAAGGUAUUUGAGAUUAUAGUUAUAAAGACUGAAAGUUUUGUGGUGGAAGAUGUUGCAACUGGAGCUCAGACACUGUAUGCAAAGUGGAAGGACUUUCAUUUUGAGAAGAUCCCAUUUGAUGCUGCAGAAAUGUCCACUUGAGCUCAGGACCUCAGUCUGCAGGGAAUGGGUGACCUUGAGUGAAGAAGAAAUUAGACCAGUGGGUGAAUCACAAAUCACUUGUACCACUGUCAAGAUAUUUUCCCUAAAGCUUGUACUGUACUGAG